UUUGGUAGCUGCUUGUCACGUGACGUGCCAUCGUCACACGGAGAGCAGCAACAUGGCAGCGGACUCCGUGCUGAAGGUGAUCUUCGAGCUCGAAGGAGUCUUCAUCCAUCCGAGUCCAGAUGAAGGUGGACCCGACCAGGACCUGCUGCUCUCUGGGUCCCUCAGGAUCCUGGAGAAAGACGCUGAGGUCCUGGUGGACUACCGUCCUCUGGAGGACUCUGUGGAUCCGUCCAACAUGCUGUGUGCAGGACAGGACUCCAGCUCGGUGGUUGAGUGGGCCCAGUCUCCCAGGGACAAGUCCCAGUCCCACCAGCUGCUGGAGACGCAGCAGAGCUACGAGACUGAGUGGGACAUGGUGAACGCCGUGUCCUUCAGGAAGAAGCCUUGCGCCAACGGAGAAGGCUCUCUGAGCCACAGCCAGGGGAGGAGCCACUGGGCCUUCACGAUCAGCGUCAGCGACCUCAGGUCCGUCACAGUGAAGGAUGAAGGUUGGACCUUCAUCAUCCUCAAGCUGAAGGAGCCCUCCACCUCACUUCCUGCCUUGCACUUCCACCAGGGCGGCAGCAGAGAGUUCCUGGACAGCCUGAGGAGGUUCGCUCUGCUCACAGAGUCUCCUGAUGAUGAGAUGUGCCUGCUGGUCAGCACCCCAAACAAAGCCCUGUCGCAGUCCUUCGAGAACCUGCUGGACGACAACAACUUUGGCCUCAUCCAC